CCUGCGGGCGGCGCAGUUUCCUCCGACAUUUCCUUUGUUUUUCCGUCUCUCAGCCUCUCAGCUCUGUUUGACGGCGGCUCACUGUUUUCCUUUUUUUUUUAUUUAACCAUUUUUUAUGAUGGCGGAGGACAGUGAAUCCGCGGCCAGCCAGCAGAGCCUGGAGCUGGACGACCAGGACACCUGCGGGAUAGACGGAGACAACGAGGAGGAGAACGAGCAUAUGCAGGGCAGCCCGGGCGGAGAUCUGGGCGCCAAGAGGAAGAAGAAGAAGCAGAAGCGGAAGAAAGAGAAGCCGAGCUCGGGGGGAGCCAAGUCCGACUCUGCGUCCGACUCUCAGGAGAUCAAGAACCCUGGUUUGCCCAUUCAGAAGCUGCAGGACAUCCAAAGAGCCAUGGAGCUGCUGUCCUGCCAGGGUCCAGCGAAGAGCAUCGAUGAGGCAGCCAAGCACAAGUACCAGUUCUGGGACACUCAGCCUGUCCCAAAGUUAAAUGAAGUUGUGACAAGUCACGGGCCAAUUGAAGCCGACAAAGAAAACAUCAGACAGGAGCCAUAUUCUUUACCUCAAGGCUUUAUGUGGGACACUCUGGAUCUCAGUAAUGCAGAUGUACUCAAGGAGUUGUACACAUUGUUAAAUGAAAACUACGUGGAGGAUGACGAUAACAUGUUCAGAUUUGACUAUUCACCAAACUUUCUCAAAUGGGCUCUACGUCCACCUGGCUGGUUACCACAGUGGCAUUGUGGAGUCAGAGUGUCCUCAAAUAAGAAGCUUGUUGGUUUCAUCAGUGCCAUCCCUGCAGAUAUACGCAUCUAUGACACGUUGAAGAGGAUGGUAGAAAUCAACUUCCUGUGUGUUCAUAAGAAGCUGCGUUCGAAGCGUGUUGCUCCAGUGCUAAUCAGAGAGAUAACACGGAGGGUGAAUUUAGAAGGAAUAUUUCAGGCAGUUUACACAGCCGGAGUCGUGCUGCCUAAACCUGUGUCUACAUGCAGGUACUGGCAUCGUUCUUUGAACCCUAGAAAGCUAGUGGAAGUGAAAUUCUCCCAUCUGAGCAGAAACAUGACCCUGCAAAGAACCAUGAAACUCUACAGACUACCAGAUAGCACCAAGACUCCAGGUCUGCGGCCGAUGGAGAGGCGCGACAUCCGCCAGGUUACCGAGCUGCUACAGAAAUAUUUGAGACGUUUCCAGCUCGCACCGUCGAUGGGAGAAGAGGAGGUGGCUCACUGGUUCUUACCACAGGACAACAUAAUUGACACAUAUGUAGUAGAGGGUGCCGGUGGUGCAUUGACAGAUUUCACUAGUUUCUACACUUUGCCCUCGACCGUGAUGCAUCACCCUCUGCAUAGGAGCCUGAAGGCCGCUUACUCUUUUUACAACGUUCAUACACAAACCCCACUACUGGACUUAAUGAAUGAUGCACUGAUCCUGGCCAAACUGAAAGGUUUCGACGUGUUCAAUGCCUUGGAUCUAAUGGAGAAUAAGGUGUUUCUGGAGAAGCUCAAGUUUGGCAUAGGAGAUGGAAAUCUGCAGUAUUACCUCUACAACUGGAAAUGUCCCCCGAUGGACCCUGAUAAGGUCGGCCUCGUCCUCCAGUAGCAGCUCCCUCCUUGGCCGCUACACAAACACAAGAGGUCGUCGGUGACCUCUGGAUACUCUUACCUGGACGCACAGGUAGCCCGAGCUAGACAAUGAGAACUACAACCGUUAAAAAAAAACAAAAAAACACCAACAACAACGACGACCUGGUGACCGCGAGGAGGUCACCAAGAACAUUUCUCAGUUCACCCGGAGGUGAAAACUCUUAAAUCAUCAACAUCCUGAAUGUGAAGUCAUGCUAUGCCUGAGAUACUCAUACAACAAGUACAACAACGCUCCUGACACGCGCGCUCACACUUAAAAAAUACACACACACACACAUCUGUUUGACAUUCAAGAGGAUGCCUUGACAUUGUGAAUUUCGUUCUCCUUCCUCAGCUGUCACAAGGGACCGGCAUGUCAUUCCAUUUCACUGACAUGGAUCUAUGUAAAUGAUAAUCAAGUAAACGCGACCAGAUACAAAUCAAAACAGAUUUUUUUUUUCCUUCUUCUCCUGUCCAGACAUUCAGUUAUCGUGCUCCACUUCUUCUUAUCGUUCCCUUUUCAUAUCAUCGUGGUCGGUCAAGUGUCUCUGCUGGCUGUUUCUGGGCCUCAGUAGAUUAGAAACAAGAGCAAGAAGGUGUUUCUGACACCUAAACAAACACAUGUUUUUGAAAUAUCAGAACUUUUAAAUGACAAAAAAGCAGACGCAAACACACACACAAAAAAUGAAUCUUCGCAGACAUGUUUUUUUGUUUAAAAAAAGUAUAUAUAGUUAACUGUACAUUUAAAGCCAGAUCAUAUUUAUUCCUGUAGUGUGAGUUUUCGGGGGUUCGGGAGGGCUAAUCCAAAGUAUUUUCCUCAUAAGUAGAGUAGAAGUCACUGUUCAACGUGGGAUUAAACGGUUUUUAAAUGACGAAUGUAUUGCAUUGAUGAAGCACAAUUUCUGAGUUCAAAACGGACUGGUACAUGAUGAACGACGGCGUUUUCACCUUAUGAGGCUGUUUCUAGAGCUGCUGUUUUUAAUACAGCGACUAUAGGUACAUGACACGGAUACUCGUGCAUGUUGGCAGCAAAGCGGUUAAAAUAGAAAGUAAAAAUAACUGAACAAUGUGAGGCUGAGAUUCUUAGUGCACGAGCAGGACAGUGGAAUUCCACCACUAGCAGCAAGAAAAGGUGAAUUUCAUUUGGAUUUUGUGCAAAAAAAUAACUCAAAAAUGUUUGUCUAGAGACAGUUUUAUAAUGUAAAAAUGGCUGAUUUGCUUUGAAACAUUCUCAGUUGUUUUCUAAAGCAGCGGUUUUCUUUUCUCACACGUCACUCGCAGAGAAACUUUGACUUUAAGCUAUAAAGUGGCUGCGAACACACGCGAACAUCCAUCCGCUCGCCUGCAGUCGGAUGUUAAAUAAAACUAAAGAGAAUUGAGCACAACACUCCUGAGGAAUAAUUCAAUGAAAGCAGGUGCAGCGGCUCGGAAAACAAAAAGCCUGCAUCAGCUCAAAGUUUUUCCGGUUUUCCAGGUUAAUUUUGUUAAUCUCCGGAUUUAUUUUGUAACGGUACUGUAUUUUGUGUGUCAGAAAAUUACAACAUAGGUCAUAUUUUUUUUUUAGUGUGUUGUGCAGCUAAAUGCAGUUCUGAUGUUUAUAAUUGUACCUUUUUAAAAUGUCUUAAGAAGGCAUCUGUUCUGUUUUUCUUUCCGAGUAUUUCCCUGAAAAAAAUUCCAGUUAAAUAGGCAACUUCAGAACUGAACUUUGAGGCUAACGAGGCUCUUUAUGAAAAAUGUUUUGAAUCGUCUUUUUGCUCUGAGUUAUUUAAUGUUUGAUGUUUCUGUUCAUGUGCAGAACUUAAGAGGUAAAAGGCUGCUUCUGUUUCUUUGUCUUUUGGUAUUUAACGUCAUUUUCUUGUCAUCCCUUUAUAAACUAGCCAGAAAAGGACAAACAUUGGUCAGUCAAAGCUUCAGGGCUCGAGGAUUUUUUUCUUUUUCUUUUUUUAAGGUCGAAUGUGUUGCAUUCAGAGACGGACGGCAUUAAUUAAACACUGAAUACGAGUCGACGGUGUGCCUCAUGGAUGUUGUCGUGUCCCAGAUGUGUUGCCUGCAGCUGUUUGAAUGAGCAUGAGUCGGUUUCGCUGCCGUGUCGAUGUAAACUAGACGCACCCUUUACCUGGAGUUACCUGCCUUAUUUAAAAGAUGUUGUUCUGUUUUGUUUUGUUUUUUUUUUUUUCUAAAAGACUCGGCGGUGGGGAGAGCGGCGGGGUGUACUUUUCAAAAACGUCAUACGGCUUUCUCUGACUGAAGAACAAUAUUUUUAUUCAACUCCAUUGUAAGCUGUGAAAAAGCUGAAGAACUUGUACCAGCAUCAUUUAGACAUGACCCCAUGCAAAUAACAAUCUGUUUCAACACACACGUCAGCUAUACCAGCAUGGAUAUUUGAUUGAAUAAACUCACUUUAAAAAGGAA